GAACACCAUGCACUGGAGGCUGUUGGUCCUUGCCUUGGCAGGAGGUUUCGCCAACGCCGUCGACUCAGGUUCUUGUGCCUGUGGUUUCUACGAUCAUUCUACCGGUCAACUCUUUACUGAUUCCAUCAUCGUCUAUUUCAAUGAAACCCAGGCGAUACCGGGUGACGUCUUUCGGAUUCAGUCUUUUACCCAUCGUUCCGAGCAAGGAUGGAACAGCUUGUAUCGCCAAGGCGCGGUUGCCGGUAAUAGUCUGAUAUCGAGGAACCAGCCAGCUUUAGACCUUUUCUUGGACCCGGGCACAGCAAGUCACCUCGUCAAUGCUGGUGCAAUCGCAUCACAACGACAAGACAUUCUCCACGGCACCUUUCGUGCUUCUGUACGUGGGCCGGCUGCCUGGGCGGGUGGUUCUGCUCUGUCCAUGAUGCUUCAAUUGAAUCAGUCAAGCUCUAUGGAGAUCGACAUGCUAAACAGCGACAAUCCAAGUAAUGCACGAAUCACGACCCUCAUCAAUGGCGAGUACCCCGCUCAGGAUCUUGGGUUGAACUACACAAUCUUGCANAAGGGUUCCGACAGGCUGUCCGCCGUGGAUCCCUGGGAUUUCAUCACAAUUCGUAUGGACUGGACUAAGGAACAUGUGAAUUUCACACUAGCGGAGAAUCUUACUCGGUCGAUCUCUUCUAAGAAAGAGGCAAUUCCUUCUGAGCCUCUGCCACUCAUCUUCAAGCAUUGGUCCACCGGCGACUCCACGUGGAUGGAAGGGCCACCAAAAAAUCGUACAGUCGCAAGCAUUGCCUGGGUCCGGGCCUUCUUCAAUUCGUCUGUUUAUACGAUCAAGCAACGUGAUGACUUCGACGUACAGUGCAGUCUUAAUUUGGCAUGUGAUGUUGACAACCCUAGUCUGAGGGGAUCAUCCAACUACACAUCAGCCUCGCUUCUCGCUUGGAAAGGGGAAUCUCACCAUGAGCAGUGGCAAAAGCCUUCAGGCAUUGUCGCGGGCUGUUCUUCGUUCUUCGGAAUUGCUGCUCUUCUCAAUGUUCUGUUCAGAAGAAAGCCCUGGGAGAAGAUGAUGACCCGGAAAAUGCAGUCCGACGUCACGCCUGUAAAGCGUCAUGCCUGCGCUGGCGAUGUCGAACCAGGUCAGAUUGGAUAUUCAAGAUCCAGUCCAAGUCUUAGCGGUCUUGAUAUCUCGAAAUGGGAUAGGCAACCCAGUUAUACCGUUGCCGAAUCGUCAUCAUCGAGUGUCACGACUCCCUGGGGAGCGAUGACUCCAGCAUACCCAAGUGCGACCCCCGAUCCGAUCAAUGUGUCUAAUUUGGCUUUGUCUCGAAAGACAAUGCGGAAUGAUUGCUCGUGCCAAUCCGACAUCUCGGAUCGGGUUUCCAAUGCUGAAUUAGGACAAGAUUCUCCAAUUUCUGACCACGGUUGGUCAAGUACCAGCACUACACUUGGCUGUCCAACUCCGACUUUGCGUCCUGACAAAUCUACAAAAUCUAGCGAAGAGCAAACGAAGACACCUGCACUUGCAUUGAAAGUGUCUAGUCAAUCCGCAAGUUCUCUUCCAGAAACCCGUCGCUUGCCACCUUCCCUACCACCGCCUGCUAAGCGCAUCGACUACCUUGCCGGACUCGUUACCAUCUCAUGUGUUUUUGUGACUCUCAUCCACUUUACGCUUACUUUUGUUCCUUGGGUUGGCGGCUUAGGUUCCGGAAGACACUACAAGUCGGAGACUUACUCACGAUGGGUGGUGACGCCUGUCUUCUUGAAUCCAAUCUGGAUUGGUCCAUUCUUCACGACCUCGACUCGUUUCUUAGCUCAAAACUUCCUUCGUACAGGAGACCUUGUCGAUGUCGCUAAGAAAAUGUUGCUUAGGGCUCCACGUAUGGUCAUACCUGCUGUCAUUGUGGCUGCUUUCGAAUACUUUUUCAUUGAGCUCGGUCUCACUUCGAAGCUCGAGUUCCUCCCGUCCAUCACUUGGUCUAUUUGGCCUUGGGUAGCCAAUUAUCCCAAUUUUGGCUGGUUCGUGAAUGAGAUCCUCGAGCUUGGCUAUCUGAUUCCGAACAAAGCUCCGGGAAUCAUCAAUCACUAUUGCGUCGGUGUUCUCUGGACGAUCCCCGUGCAGCUGCAAUUCAGCUAUACGACUUUGCUUGGUGCAGUCAUGGUGCGAGAAAUCAAAUCUCACUGGAAGAGAUUUGCGUUCUACGCGUGGUGCAUCACUGCCAAUUGGUACUCGUUGAGUUGGGGCAGUUGCUUCUGGUUGGGUCUACUCAUUGCCGACUUAAACGUCACAUAUAAUUAUGUGGCAUAUCUCCAGGCACGCCCUAGGAUUUUCUACCCAGUUUGCUUAGGACUCUGGAUCCUGAUGGUUCAAGGCCCGCUAUGGUCGUUUCUCGAAGAUCGCGGCUUUUACAACCUCAUGACGUACGAACGUAGCAUCCACCCCGAACCGACCACAGGCAUACCUCAGGGUCAACUGCGCUCUAUGUAUCCAUCUUACUUUGAGCCCCGCUUGAACACUAUCCUGUUCGCUGGUGCUGUCCAAAUGAUCACCGAGCUUAGUACCUCCUUCCAAGCAUUCUUGAGCCUCAAGAUCUGGAUCAUAUUGUUCCCACACACGUUCACUAUCUACUUGACCCAUGGGUUCAUCUUUUGGUCCUUUGGCUCUUGGCUCUGUGUGACGCUUUCUGAUCUCGGUUUUCUACCUUACUGGUCAAUCUGUCUCAUCCUGUUCCUUUGUUGCUACACAAUCAUUGGCAUUGUCGUCAUUUGUCUUACACCUCUGACUGAGGGAACGGCGAUGGCGCUCUGCCGUAACUGUUGGCGCUGGGCGAGCGAAGAGCCUGUUCCUCACCGCAAGACACUAGAGCCUUUCUGCAAAGAUCUCUUCCUAAGCCGUGAGGGAAGGUCUUCCACGAGGGAUGAAGAAAGUUUACCCGUCGGACUUUUUAGUUCCACCGAUGGCAAUCUCGAAAACCAUAUAAGGAACGGUCAAAAACAGAGUCGUUUGUUCAAGUUACUCCUAUAUCAUCCGCUGCUUCAGGCCAAGAGUUUAAGACCGCGGAAGAGGAACAGACGUCACCGGCUGAGGGCACAAUGCCCGUUAUACCUGAUGUGU